UUUUUUCGUGCCCCUGCUCCGAAGGCAGGGCGACACGAGGCGCGGCUUCAUGGAUGCGUUCUUGAGCGUAGAGACCGGCGAAACGAGUGGCCACAGGACCGUGGAUUCCGAGAAGUUAUUGACGCUACUGGACGCAGGGGAUGCGUCUGGCGCCGCAACGAAAGUGUUGACGAAUUUGCAGGCCGUGGCAACCGACCUGGCCGGGACGUUCGCGUCCGUUUCAGCCAAGCUCGACGCGCCUGCAGUCGCGACUACAGUUGUGCACGGUCCGAGCUUCGCCUCGGAGACCGCGCCUGCAAAUGCCGAGUUUCACUUCGUUCACCUCGGUUUUGCGAUGAAGCUGAACGAUACCUCUGUGACCAGGCACGCCACGCUUAACAUGGCCACCGUCGCUUCGGCGUUCGAAACGAACUGCUUGACGAACCAGUGGUCAGCGCUUGGCACCAAGUCUGCUGCGACGAAAGUGCCGGAGCGUGACGCGCCGCUCUUGAAAGUGGUUGCGCGGCACAUCACGAAGGGCGACUACAUAGCCAUCGAGGCCACGUUUGAGGCGAUCCCUUCGCUGUUGCUUCAGCCCGUGCUGGAUGCGUUCUCAACAUCGAUCGGCGGCAGUGCUGCCACAACAUUCGUUGGCACGUGCGAGGCGGCGGUGAGCGCGGCACUCAACUUGGUCCAGGCAGAGGUAGCUCUCGUGGCGCCGCUUGACGGAACUACCACAGACGCGAGCAGCGACAAAGCGUUCGUGGUGCCGUCCGUACAGGGCGCGCUAUCAGUUACCCACACACUACGCGAAAGGCGCGUCGUGGCGGCCGCAGUGUCAACCCUGCUUCGCGAUGCGGCACUCCGGACUUUCGGAGAACAGCCUGCUUUCGUGGCUGCGAAGUGCGACGACGCGGUGUCUGCAGAUGGAUCUACUUCGGCGACGUCAGUCUGCGGCUUUUCGUUGCCUUCGAUUCGAAAGUCCUUUGCUCUGCAAGCGUACUUGGGCGCAGGGGUCGAGACAAGCCGCGCGGAUCUCUUCGUGAAAACUGUCAAGAAUGGACUCGGGAGUUUGGCUUACGAGAACUACGCGAGCGGGAGCGCAGUUGGAUUCGGCGAGGGCGUUUCGGACGUUGCCGUUUCGGGUGCUGCACGACACACCGUCUUUGUGCAGGCUCCCGCAGUUUUAGUAGCCACGCGAAGCGCCUCGAACGUCACUGCAGGUGUUGGCUCAGCCGAAGUUGCUGUGCGCCAAGCACAAGCAACGACGCGCGACAAGCUGAGCGUGCAGGUGCUGCAAUCGGCGACGCGUGCAGCUUUGAAGUCGCAGCUAUCUUUCUCCGAUUCCGAUGCUGCGGCACUUCUGCCGGAGGGGCAUUCCGUGCUCCUGGUGAGCGAUGUGGCGCAGAGCAUCUCUUCGCAUACGACGCAAAACGUCGCUGCGAAGCGCGCGAUCUUCCCCACGCAGCUGGUGUACUAUCCGCAGAACAACGCGCUCGCAAAUAAAAUGCUAACUGUUUUGUCAGGUGCCUUUGCCAACAGCACGCAGCGAACAGCCCUCGGCGGAAAACUCCGAGGCGAAAUGCUCCGAUACCUGUCCGGAAAAGCUUCUGGAGGUAACUUCGCGGACCUAAGCACGGUGUCGCUGGCGGACGUUGGAGGAGUGUACACGUCGACAGGAAGCGCCAUGCUCGCGGGGCCCACGCGGAGGCUUGACGAGGCGGGUCUGGAUGAAUCGUCGAGACCUGACGAUGCGGCGGAUGCCGUGGAUCAGGAGCGGCCACGUGAAGCAGCAGCGCGAAACGAGGAUCCGUUGAACGACGAGAGCGUGUCAAGCAUUCCGGUUGCGAUGCGUACAGACGCUUACUUGCAGCGCCGACGGAUGCAGAUGUGGACGUCGGACGAAAGUCACGUGACAUUUGUUGUUCCGCAGUCGCGGUCUCUUCUUCGGAUGCUGCGUGAACGGGCUAGGGAUCAGGCAGUUGCGCGCCGACUGCAGACAACGUCUAGUGCGGCCACCCUGGUUGCCACUGGAGAGCGAUCAACGGUGUUCCUCCAGUUUUCAGGGACGCUGGAUGCCGAAGGCUACUUCUUCAUGCUUGCUGGAACCGACGGAAAGGGUGCUGACCGCACCAAUCCGGUCUUUGAGGAAGAUGACAUUCUCCGCACGCAGCUGCGGAACGCGACCUACCGAGCCUUGUUAGGACGAACUGCAGCAGCAUCUAGCAACUUGCUCCGAAGUCACAUCGCCGUGUCGCUGGCGCCGGAUACCCGGGUUGCGCGGACCGACGAUCCGACGCGACAGCGGAAGUUCGCAAUUUUCGCGCGACUGAGUAACUUCACAUCGGCUGAGGAGGCAGAGAUGCUGGAGAGCAUGGUCAAGACGACCAACGGCCUGCAAACGGACAUGCUCGCGAAGCUGACGGACGGGGUAGACAUGCAGCACGAAAUCUUCCGCCUGCGGUCGCUGCAAAUCGAGGCGGACUCGAUUGGUUUUGCGCCGCACGCGGAAGUGUCCGUGCGCCUGCGCUUCGGUGGAGUUUCGGUAUCAGAUGCGCUUGAUAAGUUGAAGGACACAGUGAUGGAGCGCAUCGCCAGCGGGACUCUGCACGCGGGCGCGGCGGAGGCUCUCUCCCAGGUGACAGGCGCCAAGCUCGAACAGAAUAGUGUCUUUCUCGAUUACAAGAGCUUUGACGACGGUACCAAAGCGGGCAUCUUUCGCCUCGUCGUUUUGCUACCGGAUUUGCAUUCGGCGACCGCCAGGCAGAUUCGUCAGAUUACGGAGGGCCUCAAAAUCACAAAAGCAGACGCUUCCGCGCCGUCGAACGGGACAGCUGGCAGAAGUUUUGACGCGCUCGAGGUCGUGGAGCAAGGCGCGACGGCAGCAGCGUUGCAAUUUCAAAACAUUCUCAAGCUAAGGGUUUCCGCAAAGGUGGCUGGGGAGCCUGGGCCCGCUAAGUACGACUGGAUCCGAGUUGUCGCAGACCACGCUUCCGUGAAUGCCGCCAAGUCGGGUGGCAGCCCGCUGAAUCGUGCGUCCACCGCUUACUGCCCUGAUGGCUAUAAAGUAAUCGGCGGUGGCUGCAUGCCGGCCAUACGGAUGACAGCCACCGAUGGGAUGACGCCGGAUUCGCGUAAGCGCACGCCGACGCAGUGGGCAUACAAACGUCAAGUAGCCACCUGGUCGAACCGCGUCACUCCGGUGCCCUCUCUCAAUGCAUUUGCGUGCGAGGCCGCCUAUGGUCCGCACUCGAGGAACUCGGAUUGGCCUCCCUUCGCGCACGCAAUCUGUGCCGCGGGCCUGGACGUUACCUACGUGGAGUCGGUGUGCAAAAGCGGUCAGAAGAAGAAUUGCGUCGAGAACGCGCAACCAUGGAUCCAUCCGGUGACUAAGGAGCCUAUUCGAAAGGCCUAUGACCGGAGCAUCGAUGGACACAUGUGGUUGAAAUGCCCCGCGGGAACCACGAUGGUUGGCGGAGGUUGUGGGACCAUGGAGCAAGCAAGGACGCUAGGCGCCUCUGGCCCGCCACCCUGCCCCCUCUACGAGAAAGUAGGCUACCCACAGGACAUUGAACACUGGAAAGACUGGCAGAGACUCGAGGUUUUCACAACAGAACUGCAAGAUAACGGCAUGAACAAGCACUGGUACGGAGAGAUGCGGCAGCACCAUCCGGACCACAUUGCUGGGGACGAUUCUUGGGAUUAUUCGGUCUUGAACGGCGUUUGUGAGUGGAACGGGUGGCGCUGCAGGGGGGCCCUGGAGGCAGUGUCGGUAUGCGUUGCGACGCCCGGAUUUGAUGUGAAGGGCGUCUGGGCCAGCGAGAGAGAAAAUAGCUAUAUAUUUAACGGGUACUACGGGGACAAUGGCAACGUUAACAAUCCGUCUGAGAGAGGUUACGACAAUUACAAAUGUCCAGACGGGUACAAGUAUAUAUCAGGUGGCGGGAACUUUGCGGAGGGACUGUUUUCGCCCUCGGACGCCCUGAACCUCUGGUACUUUCGAUCGGAAAGACAAAAGUUCAAGUACGCCAUGUGCGGGAAGGCAACAGCAGCCUUGAGUCCACCGAGCUACGAAGUGAAGGAGGCCGCACUUGUGAUCAAAGACCCCGCGGGAUCAGCUAUGGCGUCGCGACCAGCGCUGUCCGUGUUCGUGCGCGUGCAGGUUGUGCCCGCGUCCACUCUCGUUGGCAAUGCCGCGAAGGUUGCGAGUACGAAGUCCCUUCUGGCCAAGAGCAUAAAGGGCUCCGCUGCUGGCGUUUACAUGGACGAAGGGGAAUCCUCCACGAUGGUGGUCGAAGACGCGGGUGUGAAAGUGGGUAGUGUCGGCUUCACGCUCUUCCUGCGUCUUCAUCGAGUACCGCGGUGUCAUGACGGCAAGCACGAGUUUGACCUGCUUGCGCCGAACGACCGAAGUGGCCUCGCAGCGCAGCUUCCCGGAGUUAGUAUCGCGCUGUCAGAGGUGGGGGCGGAUGCACUCACAGACACACGGGGCUACUGCAAGUUUCUGCUCGGCGACGAAACCGGAGGUGGAGACGGUACUUCCAACGCCGCCGUGCGUGCGGCGUACACGAAAAUUUUCGACGACGUUUUGCACCCUUCGAGCUCGGCCUACCUUGCGUCAGUCGCGGAGAUCAAGUCUAUGAAUGCGCGCACGAUCGAUAGCAACGGGAUCGAGCAGUGGAAUCCGGACGCGGUUGCCCUGGCGUCCGCGGACGUGAGCAGCGCCUUCGCAACGCAGGCAGGCGCCGAAAUUUCCCCUGGGGUGCCCGGCAGUGUGCGCAGUCUGCACCGAUACCGCGAUAAUGUGAUGGCAGUGAGCUUGCUGCAGUUCAAGUUGAAGCUCGUUAUCGGCAGCUCCUCACCGGCCACGCGGCUUGGGAGCGCGCAGGACGCCGAGCAGUUGACAACGCACGGAAUUGUCCCGGCGCUGCGCAAGGCCGCGAGCACUCUGGAAGCAGCUGCGACUGCGACUCUGACGGCCGCUGGGGGUGGCGCCGACUUCGGCAAGGAGCUGCAGGAUGUCGGAGUGGCGACGUUCUCGGAGAACGACGGCCUCAACGCCGCGGCUCGCGUUCCUGUUGGUACGCUUUUUGCGGACGUUUCCGAUGAGAGUCUCUACGUUGCGCAGGCUGUUGUACUGGGUCCCGAAACGCUUGACACGCUACUAAGUGCCACCUACGCGCCUGCCAUCUCCGCGACGCCUGCAGCACAGGAGGACUUUUGUGUGGUACAGGACAGCACUCGCACCAAUCCGACGGUGGUGGUGCAGACCAGCGUGUUUGUUUCUGGUGCGGAGGCUAAUACGCACGUGACACACGCGAUGAAUGGCGCUUUUGGAUUUUUGACGCUACUGCGCGACGCCCUUGCCGCAGCGCAAGGUUCGUUGCGCUCGGGAUCACCCUUCGCGGCAGGCGAAGCGUUUAAGAUCUGCGUCGCGAGUCCGGGCGAGCCCAUGCCGCAGGGACGGUUCCUCGCGGAAUUCAACGCCACGCAUGGCGCCGACGUGGACUUGGGCGCAGUGAAUACUCCUGUGGGGCUGCGUGAUGCCUUCCUGGGCUUUUCGCGUGCUGACAGUCUAGGGCUAGAGGCGCAGAACCUCCGCGACGCGAACAAAGUUGUUGAGUUUGUGUUUGCGACUGGCUUUGCUAGCGGCUCGGGCGAGUUGAAUCUCGCAUCGUACAUGCUCACCAAGGCUAACAUGCGAGACUUCGUGAACCCGGCGUUCCUCAAGCUUCUGAACUGCGCAAGUCCCAGUGUAGACUGCGGGCCGAGCCCGAGCACAAAAACGGUGGGGAGCGCGCAGGACUUCUUGCGCGAGUACGUAGUUUUGGACUUGAAGGUGGCGGUCGGAGUGACCUGUGACGGACUUGCAGGGACCUUUUGCGCGGCUCACGACUACAUUGAGCACCAGCCACCGCGCUCACAAUCGGAGUUGAAAGGCAUUCUGAAGUACGCUGCAUGGCUCGUGGCUUUCCGCGCAAGCGGCGCAGAGGAUGCCACGUUCUCGGCCGGGGAUUUACCGAGCGAGUCGUACGAGCUUUUUGCGGAUGUACACCCGCCCUACGAUUUCAGCACUGCGAAUGCGACAACGUCGCUCACCGCCACAGCGUGGGAGGGUGCCGCGCGGGUCUUCGUGCCUGUGACGAAUCUCAAGGGCGCGGAGAUUCUCAAGGUGUUCGUGAAAGCGAAAGCAAUAGAGGAUCUGCAGGCGUUUUUGACUUCUCAAGGUCUUCCUCUCACUGACAAGGUCCGACUCCUUUCCACGCCACACGUGACUUACAUGUCGGAGAGCGCAGAUCCGCAGCGAGUCGCAGGCGUGCUCUUUUUGGAACAAGGCUUUGUCGUCGAGGUCUCGUCUUCGCCGCGCGGCUUUGUGAAAGGUGACCGCGGCUUUGUGGAGUUCUUGCGUGACGUGUUUUUCACAGCGCUGCGAACCGGAGACGCAUCUGCACCGAAAACAGACGUCUUCGGUGUGAACAGCCUUUUGGCGUCGCAGACACAAAUCGCGGUUUCCGUGGCCCCUGGGGACGCUCCGCAACGUAGGAUUCGCGUCGCCGUCCACGCGCGCAACGUGGAGGCCGUGGCGAUGAAUGCGCUCACGGAAGUACUGUACGCGCUUGGCGAGCAGGGCAAGGCUCUUGUGGCUGCCCUGAACUCACGGGUUACGCAGAAGGCGACAGCAUAUGCUUCUGCC